CAGUCAUUUGAACCUGUGUCUAAGACCUCCUGAUUAGUUAGUGGUGACACCCCAUAUGUGAACUCUAGCAUUUAGAGGCUGCCAUCAUGGUGAAGAGAUGAUAGGGAUUGAGAGAAAUAGCAUGCGCAUCUUUCGCAUCAAAUUGUCCUGACCCCACUGGUCGAGAGUGAGUGAUUCAUUUUCAUUUUCUAUAUGCUCUUGUACCCCGGUGAGGACCUAGAUUGCUCGGUCUCUAUUCUGAUGUCUUGAGUUGGAUGCAUGAGUUGACUGUUUUGAGUAAGUGGUUGAAUCAAGUCUAGGUUGGCCAGUGAACAGACGAGAGACUCUUCCUUUACUCGAUUUGCUGCACUCGAAUGUCCUUUGUGGUGGUUGUCCAGGUUGUUAUUGAGGUUGUGCAUGUAUUGAUGUUUGAAAACCAGUGCGAUUCACGUGUUCUGUGCCUUUAUGACUUGUCCCCAAUGUUGGUUGAUUGAAAUGUGUAGGCUUACCUAGUGUCUGACUUGGUUUGCUUGGGGACAAGCAAACGGUUAAGUGUGGGGGAGUUUGAUAGACCGUCAUUUACACAUGUUUUUACCCCCAUUCUUACACCGUUUGAGGUGUUGAUUCUCGUGUUUUAGGCCGAUUUCACGCUAGGUUGUGCUUGUUUGUGAUGUUUCAGGUCCUAGUACGUGAAUGAAGGCUUAGGAGCGAGUCUGGGGUCGAUUGGACGAAGAACGGACGAAUGGCGAGGUUUUUGGGGAGCUGCACGGGCAGACCAGGGAGGCUGCACGGCCGUGCACGGUUGCAAGCUGGCCGUGCGCCUCAUGCCGCGGAGAUGCACGGGCAGGCCCUGAAGAUUGCACGGCCGUGCACCUGGCCGUGCAAGAAGCCUGAGUUCGACUUAAGGGAUACGCUGCGUUUCAUGGUGCACGGCCAGAAUGGUGAGGUGCACGGCCGUGCACCCUGGCCGUGCAACUCGGGAAACCCGGUUUUAAAGCCUAAUCCGAGCCAGAAGUGAGAGAACAGAGUUUUCAGAGCAAAAACAGAGCCCUAGAGAGAGAAAGUACGAAGAACACAUCCUAGAAGCUGUCUUAGAGCUGGAUUUCAUCGAAUCGAGCCUGGAGAUUGUCAUAGGAGUGAAAAUCAUCGUCCCGGAGCAGAUUAUCCUCAUCGUUAUGAGUAUGACUAAUCCGAUUCUUGUUUUCUCUUCUCUCUCUAUGGAGUAGAACCCUUCUCUCACUUGGGGAUGAAGAACCCUAGUUCUAUGUGUUAGGGAUUGAUUGUAAUGACUUGGGAUGAUAUUACUGUUUGGUUUUAAUCGAUUGAGACAUGCUUUAUUGAGUCAAUUGAAUCCUGAUCAAAUUCUCUUGAUUUCUGCUUUAACCUAUGAUAGAUAGAAUCUGAUUAGGUUAAGAGAGCUUCCUUGAUUGAUAGUGGUGAAUUGGUUGUGCGAGAGUCAAUCAAUUUACUGCUUUGUA